AUGAGAGGUUUCGCUUUCUUCGAUAGAGUUUCUAGAGCUUUCCAUGACUAUCCUUCGGUUCCCAAAGUGCUCGUCGUCGUCGCCGUCAGUGGUUGCGGCCUUGUGGCUUACGCUGAGGCAAACCCUGAGCGAAAACUGACCAGCAGCGCGCCUGUCCUAACUUCAGCUGAAGUGGACAAUAAGAAGAAGAAGGUUGUGGUACUUGGAACUGGCUGGGCUGGAACAAGUUUCUUAAGGAAUCUGAAAAAUCCAGAUUAUGAGGUUCAUGUCAUAUCACCUCGGAAUUACUUUGCCUUCACCCCUCUGCUACCAAGUGUUACCUGUGGUACAGUGGAAGCUCGCAGCAUUGUUGAACCAGUUCGAAACAUUGCUAGAAAGAAAACUGUAGAUGUUCAAUUCAGUGAAGCUGCAUGUCUCAAGAUCGAUGCAGUAAACCAGAAAAUCUAUUGCCGAUCUAAUGUAGAAAACAAUUUGAAUGGACAAGAAGAGUUCGUUGUGGAUUAUGACUACCUUAUAGUAGCUGUGGGAGCCAAUGUUAAUACAUUCAAUACUCCUGGUGUCGUUGAGAACUGCCAUUUCUUGAAGGAAGUAGAAGAUGCUCAAAAGAUCCGAAGAACUGUUAUUGACUGCUUCGAAAGGGCAAGCCUUCCAACUGUUAGCGAUGAGGAGAAGCAGAGAAUUCUUCAUUUUGCUGUUGUUGGUGGUGGCCCAACUGGUGUGGAGUUUGCUGCAGCACUUCAUGAUUUCGUCAACGAGGAUUUAGUCAAAUUGUAUCCCGGGGUCAAAGAUCUAGUUAAAAUAACACUUCUCGAGGCUGGAGAUCAUAUUCUGAAUAUGUUUGAUAAAAGAAUCACAGCUUUUGCCGAAGAAAAAUUUCAAAGAGAUGGUAUUAAUGUGAAAACAGGAUCCAUGGUUGUGAAAGUAACUGAAAAAGAAAUCUUUACCAAAGAAUUGAAAAAUGGAGGGGAAGUUUCGACCAUGCCUUAUGGAAUGGCACUCUGGUCAACUGGUGUGGGAACGCGUCCCUUCAUAAAGGAUUUCAUGAGUCAAGUUGGUCAGGCUAAUCGACGGGUGUUAGCAACUGAUGAAUGGCUGCGAGUGGAGGGAUGUGACAAAGUGUAUGCAAUUGGUGAUUGUGCCACAAUAAAUCAGCGCAAAGUCAUGGAAGAUAUUGCUGCCAUAUUCCGAAAGGCGGACAAGGAUAAUUCAGGAACACUCACAGUUGAGGAAUAUAAAGCAGUGAUUAAUGAUAUUUGUGAAAGGUAUCCUCAAGUGCAGCUUUAUUUGAAGAGCAAACAGAUGAAGAAUAUGGUUGAUCUUUUGAAGGAAACACCGGAUGUUUCAAAAGGAUCCGCAGAGCUGAAUAUUGAAGAUUUCAAAACAGCUCUUUCCAAAGUGGAUUCCCAGAUGAAAAAUCUUCCAGCUACAGGCCAGGUGUCUACCUUGCCAAGUGUUUUAAACCGAAUGGAAGACUGUGAGAAAAAUCCAGAAGGUCCUCUCAGAUUCCGUGGGGAAGGCCGCCAUCGAUUUCGCCCCUUUAGGUACAAGCAUCUUGGACAAUUUGCUCCUCUGGGUGGAGAGCAAACAGCAGCCCAGCUUCCUGGAGAUUGGGUAUCGAUCGGCCACAGCUCCCAGUGGCUUUGGUAUUCUGUUUAUACAAGCAAACAAGUGAGCUGGCGCAACAGGGCAUUGGUGGUAACAGACUGGGUUAGGCGUUUCAUCUGGGGGAGGGAUUCAAGUCGCAUUUGA